CCCAAACAUAGCUUGGGGCAAAGGCAAGAAGAAUGGAUGAAUGUAUAGAUCUGAAAUACUUGAAAUGUUUGCAAUGGCGCUGGAGCUGAGGAUAUCUUCAAGUCGGGCACACCCGAUUAGAGCAGUCUGUGUUUUUGUCGUUAAACUAAAAAGCGCAAAGCGCCUACAAAUUUCGGUCAUUAAACUUAUUUCCACGCCAAGCCAAAUAAAUUGUCGCCCCUGGGCGGCUGCGUGCCAUAACAGCGCCAGGGCGCAACGCGUGCGCAUCUUCAGCUCCCAGCUCCAUCUACGGUUUUGGAAACGGAUAACCCUAGGAGAAAAUGAUCAAUUUUCAGCUGCAGCUAAGCAGCGUAUACGUGAUCUGUUGUGUGUUCGUCCUGGCCAGCAGCAAGGUGCCAACCAAAACACAUACGAACAGCUGGCGGGAUUUGAUCUUUGGCAGCAAGUGGAUGUCGCCGACGCCGCGUCAGCGCGAGUCCAAGUUUUUACCCAUCUUUGCCCUGGUGCCCAUCGGACCGAGCAGCUGUGCCGCGCCCUCCGGCGAGCAGGGCAACUGCAUAGCCAACAAGGAUUGCCUGCUUCGCAAUGGCAUUCCGGCCGGACCCUGCGGCGGUGGCUACGGUGUCUGUUGCAUAUUUCUACAAACCUGCGGCGGCAUCAUACGUGAAAACUCCACUUACUUUGUGAAUCCCAAUCAUCCGGAUGUCUACGAUGGCACCGGCAGCUGUCAGGUGACCGUGCAAAAGCUGCAUCCAGAUAUUUGCCAGUUGCGCUUGGACCUGGACAUGUUUUCGAUAGCGCCACCCGAGGCGGCCAAUCAUUUGUGCAAUCAGGAUCAGCUGCUGAUCUCGGGCGGCAGUCCCACGCCCACCAUAUGCGGCAGCUCCACAGGCGAUCACAUGUACAUCGAUGCGGGUCUGGGUCAGAGCAAUCCCAUUGUGCUAUCCGUGAUAACCAGCGCCAGCUUUCCGCGCCUGUGGCGCGUGCGCGUCACCCAAAUCCACUGCGGCAGCAUUAGCCGUGCGGAUCAGGGCUGCCUGCAGUACUACACGGCGAUCAGUGGGCGUGUCCGGAGCUUUAACUACAACACGGUGGGCGGACGUCAGCUGUCGAAUCAGGACUACAGCAUUUGCAUACGGAGCGAGCGCAACUUCUGCGGCAUUCAGUAUAAUGCCUGCCCGGAUCUGGAGAACAAUCGUUCGCGUGCCUUCACCAUAUCCGGCAACUCCAACAAUCCGGUGCCCACCAUGGUGGGUGGCGGCGGUGCUGGUGCGGGCGGUGGGGCGGCGCCUAAUGGCAAUGGCUGCAUCAGCGACUGGCUGCUGAUUGGCUGCAUACGCUCCGCGGAUCGCAUACCGCCGCUGCCCGGCUGCGAGGAUCGCGUCUGCGGCGGCACCUUCAGCGCCGAGGCGGGCAUGCUGGCCAAGACCGUGCAGUCCAGCGUACGUCCGUUUCGCCUGUAUUUUCACACUGACGGCGUCGAGGCGCCCAAUGAUAUAGACAAUCGUGGCUUCUGCCUGGACUAUGUGCAGCAGCCGUGCACGAAUGGAUAUUGAAGCAGGCUCGAGUCUUCGUUGAUUUAAUAAAUAUGUGUGUAUGUAUUUUAUUUAUUAUCGUAGUUAAUCUAAGGCUAAGCUAUAGUUAAGUUUUAAGUUAAUAUCGUCGCAGAUCGGUACAAAUUAAAAUCUUGGGAUAACGUUUUGAAAUUCUAAAA